AGAAGAGGGGGGAGAUGUCAUCCUACUACCCACGCACCAAGGACCUGACUCGCACCAGGAAGUCACUGACAGAGUCACCGCCGUCCUCUCCGUCCCCUACAGACAAAAACUACAGACAUGACAGACUGUCAAGAUAUGACUCCAGUGGGGAGAGUGCAACAGACAAACCACUGGGCCGCACCAGCUCUUACACUCGGAGAGAGACAAGGCUGGCUGCUCUGAACAGACAGGAGCAAGACUCCACUACCAAAGACUAUAAGAAGAUGUAUGCAGAAGCUUUGCAUGAGAACGAGAAGCUAAAGUCCAGGUUGCAGGACAGCAAAUAUGAACUGGCCAAGAUUCGGUCCCAGCUAGAGAAAGUCACCCAGAGGCACGACAGAAUAUCAGAGAGAUCUUCAGUACUUGAGUCGGAGAAAAGGGAAAAACAAGCUCUUGAGAAAAGAGUGUCAAACAUGGAGGAUGAGUUAAAGCAGGACGCCCCACUGCGGUUCCGCUGUGGGUACCAGCCCUGAGAGCAGGUUGUCUCAGGGGAGGGGGGAUGAUCCUAACAGAGCUCAAGUCAGACAACCAGAGGCUCAAGGAUGAGAACGGGGCUCUCAUCCGAGUCAUCAGCAAACUGUCCAAAUGAAAAAGAUGUCUGAAGCUCCUGUUCUGUGUCUGUGGACGCUCCAACCCUGAUAUGGCAGUUUAAUUAUCCAUGAUGUCCCAAGUUGUGACUCCUCUCUGAGUUAUGGUGAUGGCUGCUUUGCAGAAAUAAAUUCCAGUUGGGGACGUGUGAGGAUCCAAAGAGAAGAGUCAAAUUUCACUGUGUGCUAUGAUGGGAGUUACAACAAGUGUUGCUACAUGAUUAGUUAUUGUUAUUUUGUAAUACCAGUAUUUCACUUUAAUCAAAUAGGGACCAGUCGUACUGUUUUGAGCGACCUUUUUAAGGCCCACUUCAAACUGAUCCAGGGGUUUGCAUGAAGGUACUGUUCAUAAUAUUAUACCCACACAUCACAUUAAGUUUGUUGCUACAUAAUGCACUGCAGAAAAGUAUUUUAAUGUUGUCUUAAUUGUGAAAGAAGAGAGAAAGGGCCUCAAUAUUCACUUUAGAAUGGAGAUAUAUUAUGUUUUAUGAUUUCAAUCAGAAUUUAUCACCACACAGGUUAAAUGACGCCCAGCCAAGCGACAAACAGGCGGUCUGGUUACAGAGGUAAACACUAGAUAUUGAUAUCAAGUAGGGCUGGGUAAUGGUAUCAACCGAAAUAAGUCAGAACUACAUAGUAUCGUAAAGUUUCCAGUCAACCGAUACAUGCAUUUGAUCCUUUUCGUGCCAAUGGUCUGAUCCCGAACCAGUCUUGACUCCCCGCUGGAUCAGCAAACUUUCUGUUGCUGCCAUCUCCGGAGCCGCUCUCCUGCUAGCGAACAGUCAGUUGAAUGUCUGCCAGGUUAGAAUGAGCUAACACAGCAGCAGCGGCUUACAACCAAUACCGAGCUGUUAAAUGCCCCCACCAAACUCACUCCGAGACCAAAAUGGCUUGACUCUAUCAUUAAACCCAUUGAUAACCGUGAGGUAACGAUGCUAACAGUUAGCCCCGUCACUGGUCCCCAGCAGCUACAACCCAUACAUCUGUGGUCUGGUGAAGUUGAGCAGUGUAUUUCAUGGCGUUGGCAGUUCAGCGGGUCAAGAUGACACGAAAAUGUUUGAAAGUAUGGCUAUGCCUCUCUGCUCAGAACUCUGUUGGUAUCAUUUUAUGGGUUCUGGUAUCAUAAUGUUUCAAACAAUACCUACCCAGCCCUAAUAUGAAUCCACCAAGGCACCUCAGUGGCAACAACCAUCGAAGCCAGCACAGAAGUGCUGAAAGACGCACUUUUCUGACGGCAAAUAGACUAAGAAUGUAUUGACAUUAAAGAGAAACUUCUCUCAUACAUUUUUAUAUGAGCUGUGAUGUAAAACGUAUCAUUUUGAACAUUUUUACUCUAUGAUAAAGAUAUUAAGGCUCAAUAAGACGCAUGUUUUGGUUUGUGUUUGCCUAUCCCGGGUCACUUAACUGUGCCUGCUUACCUCCCUCAGUGCCUCUUAAAUUUGAUCAGUCCAAGUCCUGUUAACUUCCCUUUAGCAAACCUGCAACCCAUUUCAAACUGCUAGAAUACAUUUUUUAUGACAUUUUGAUAAUUAGAUUUUAUGAUAAACCCCACUGCAUUUAGUAUUUGAAUGCGACCGUAUGCUUGCCCUGACAGGCAAAGCACGGAGUAUAUGCACUUUGUAUAGAGUGGAUAGUGCUGAUCUUUCAUCACUAGCAGCACUUUAUUAUCUUCAUACUGGUUUCAGUUAUUAUGAUAAUGUAAUUUAGUGUUUGCCAGAUUAUGUUCAUUAGUUCUUUGUGUGGUUUCAGUAGCCAUUUUUAAUUAGUUUUUUCCCUUUUAUAGAGGAUUUUUUAUCCAGUGGCUUCAAAACAGCAGAUCAUCUACACAGAGACAGUCCAAGUGUGUGUGAUAGGAAGUGUCCUAUGUUCUGUAAUAGAGAUAUAUUUAUUUAUUUAUGCAUUUCUUAGUUCUAAUCUUUAUACGUUUGUUUACUAGAUGUUCUUUCAAAGGAAUACACUGAUUAUUUUGGUUGACCUCUGGGUCAUCUUACUGUUUGGUGAUGAAGAUAAACACCAAAAUAAUCCUCUGGUAGAUGUACUGUAAAUCAUUUCUGACAUUCUAGCCUCCACAGUGUUGUAUGACUUUAAAGGGACAGUUAACCACAGCAUGAAAAAUACAUGUUUUUAAUUUUACCUUUAGUGCCAUUCAGUCUAGACUGUUGGUGUGAGUUGCUGAAUGUUGGACAUAUCUCCUGAAGAGAUGUCUGCCUCCUCUCUAAUGGAACUAGAUGGCACUCAGCUUGUGGUCCCCAAAGCACCAAAAAAUUUUGUGAUACAUUUGAGAAACUUGACAGCAAUGUCUCUUUCCAGAAAUCAUGACCCGGUUACUCAAGAUAAUCCACACACCUUGUUGUGAGCUGUUUUAAGUAGGAACUAUUUUCUUGCUCCCGAACUACACCCACCACCUGUAUCAAAGUGCAGAAGGAAGAGUGCAUCUACUGAUAGCUCACCUAGCACCUCUGAGCUAGCUAAUGUUAUAGCUCAGUUACAGAGGAUGCCAUUAAUGUUUACAUCUCGUUAUGUCAUGAGCACAGAUGUCUUGUCCGUGAGUCCGUCCUUCUGCACGGUGAUACAGUUGGCAGGUGUAGCUCAGUAGAAAGGAAACAGUUUAUUAUGUACACCUGGCUACAGCUUACACAAUCCAAUUCUACAGCCCUGUAAAAAUCCUAACUUUAUGAAGCUUUUGUUCUGGUAAUUUUGGCCAUAUUUACUGGCGCUACUUCUGUCGAAUGUUAUUAACAUUUUCUUUAAUAUUUGGGGUCUGUAAAAUGAUUGACAAAUAUAGUGCUGCAGGUAUGACAUUUUUUUGGAGGCUGAUGCAGAAGUUAGCGUUGCCCUGGUUCCCUCGUCAGAAAGCCUAUCAGAUUUUUCCAUUGGAUUUUUAGUAUUGCACAAAAUAAACCCUGUGGCAAACACAUAUUUAUGCUACUUAAAUAUUUUGUUCAGCUAGAUUAUCUUCACAAAUGAGCAAAGCGUUGGAGUGCUAACAGUGGAUCUUUCUGUAGUCGCAGUACAGACCUGUGCACAUUAUGUCCAAAACUGAGCAAGGCACUAUUUGAUGGUGUAAUCAAUGUCUGUUUGGCGAAAUAUACCAUAGCCCCGUGUUAUUGCAAUGGAUAGUAUUACAGCAUUAAAGUGUUUAUUGAAUCGUUGAUGUCUUUAAUCUCCAUUAAAGCAGCAGCACAUUUGAUGAAGUGAAGGGUUUAUAACUUCCUGUGGAAUGCUGUUUAUUUCUAAAUAGAGUGAGACGCAUUCACAGUAGCUACAUGCAUAUCAAAGAGGGAAUCAAACUAAAGGAUGCAGGAUACCAUGACGACGCUCUGUAGUCUCAUAUAGCCACAACCACCUAAUUUGCAACACAUAAAAGCAUCAAAAUUUACUGCCAUAUUUUAUGUCAUAGAACAAAAUGUUAAAGUCUCUUAAGCUUGUGUUAACCACAGACCUUAUUUCAAGCAUCUAAGCAAAGACCCAUUGACUUUAAGACGAGGAAAGCGGGGGUGCUAAAAUGCUAACUCAUUUCCAGGGCUUAGGACUCAUUCCUGCAGAAAGUCUACUACUUUACAUGAGAAAUAUGAAUAAAACUACCACAGAGGCUGCUGCCUUGUAGUGGUUCUUCUGAGACUACAUGGUGUGCAUCACCUUCACUAUACUCCAAAGGAAUAUAGAGAAAAGGCAGAUAAAGCCAUCCCUGCUGCAAAACAGUGUGUUAUUUAUGUAUCUUAUCAUAUCUAAUACAGACUCAGCCUCACAUUUUCAUUAAUAUUCCUCUACCUGUAGCGCGAUGAAUGAUGCACCUGAGACAUGAAUGAUUUCGGUGUCUGUCUUCUCUUCACUUUAACAGAUGAGUUGACCCAAGUCCCCAGUGUUUGAUGUAUUCCUUUAAAAACAUGAUGGUUUUGGCGUCCAACCAGGGCAGCGUGCUGUAACACCAGUGUUAUCUUUGGUCACUUUUACUUUAAACUACAAAUAAGAUACAGCUGUUUCCAUACUGGCUGUAGGUAUAUUGAACUAUGCAGUGUAUUGUAUUGAUGAUGUUUGUAAUGUGUUGAUGAUAGCUUAAUAUACGCACAUUGGUUUACUCACUUUGCUUAAUAAACUGUAAAGGA